AUGUCAAUGUCACCCCGCCAGCCUGCACGCCCGCGCCGCAUCGACGAUGCUCUUUCCCAACUCGUCGACUCGUUGACCCCCGCGCUCCCGCUCGCCGCCGUCCAAAACGACCCCGACUACUCCGACGAUGAAGACGCCCUCGCCGCCGCCGAAGAACGACGCCAUCAUGCUCAGCUUGAGCGCGCCUGGCGCAUCCUUGACACGCUUCCUGCAGGCCCAGUCGACCCGGGUUCGCCGGCUGGCCGCCGUGGCAGUAUGGCCGCGGAGACCGUGAAUAACGCGCCAGAUCUGAUCAAGCGCAAGCUGCGGCGUGAGAACGCUAGCCCGGACAAAGUCAUGCGCUUCUCGAACUUGUACACUCGCCUCCUGACGCAGCCCGUGCUCUCGCAGAAAUGGGGCAUCCUCUACCUGCUCUAUAAGCUGUCCGAAACCGAGGAUCCUGAGCGCAGCCGUAGUCCCCUGAUGGAAGAUGGGAAUUUGCAGAAUAUGCUGGGCCGCGGCACUGCGGUCGCAGAUUCAGAGGACGAGGGCCCUGCUGUGAGCUCGUCCGCAUCGCAACAGCGUGGGCCGGUGUCUGCGCGGCCGGAGCGCCAUGGCUCCCUUCGGAGGGAUUGGGAGCGCGGCGGCGUGGACCAGUUCCAGCGCGGAUCUACGGGGAGGGCGCGGAGUCGUGCGAGCAACUUUGAUACUGGUGGGGAAGAGGACAAUGAGGAGCCUGCGUCGCCGACAGAGACGCCUCGAAGCGGUGCUCGCAUGGCGGAGAGUGUUGAGCAUGGGCUUCUGCGAGACCUGCCGUUUAAUCUGCAGGGCCUUUCGUCGAAGCAUUUACAAUUCCAGUCGCCGUCUGUCUUGAAGCUGCCGCAAAAUCUUCCGGCCCCGAUCGUCUCAUUAUUGAAUUCGUUGGCGGAGCCAUGCUUGCUUUACAAGGAGUUGGCUGGCUUUGUGGAAAGCGCGGAGGGAGGGCUUGUGAAUCAAAGUCUACGGGCUGCGAUUGCAAAUGAGCUACGGUCUUAUCUUAGCUUGGUCGCGACGUUGGAGGGAGAGAUUCGUCAGGCACUGAUGGCUAUUGGAGAUGCAACCCAACCGCAGGGUGUCCGAAAGGGUGGAGUCACUUUGAAACGAUGCAUGGUGUGGACGAGAGAUGCGACCAUGGCGCUUCGGUUGAUGAGUCUGAUUGUGGAGGAUGCUCGGGAUAAGAAAGGAGGACAGCUCAUCUCCUUAAUCCACGGGUUCUCUUCGUCUCAUGGUGACCCAUUUGUCUGUGCGUUUGCGGAAAAGCUCCUUGCUCACGUUACCCGUCCGUUCUAUGAUAUGCUUCGAUUAUGGAUCUAUGACGGCGAGCUGUCUGAUCCGUACAAGGAGUUCUUCGUUGUAGAGCCCGAGUUUCGGCCUAGUACUGACCCACGGCGCAUCGCGACAAGUGUAUGGGAAGAUAAGUAUAAGCUUGAUGAUGAUAUGGUACCUUCUAUUAUUACCCAGGACUUUGCCAAGAAAGUGUUUUUGAUCGGAAAAUCUCUCAAUUUCAUUCGAUAUGGCUGUGGAGAUUCGGGCUGGGUUGAGGCAUAUUCAAAAGAAGCCUCAAAGGAGCUACGCUAUGGCGACACGGCGACACUAGAGACCUCCAUCGAUGAGGCAUACAAGACUACUAUGGAACGAUUGAUCCAUCUCAUGGAUGAUAAGUUCAAACUUUUCGACCAUUUACGGGCACUGAAAAAAUACCUAUUAUUAGGACAGGGCGAUUUUAUCGCUUUACUCAUGGAAUCCUUAGCCUCGAACCUGGAUCGCCCGGCAAACUCACAGUACCGGCAUACCUUGACUGCGCAAUUGGAGCAUGCGAUUCGCGCCUCAAAUGCGCAGUAUGACUCUCCAGAUGUGCUCCGCCGACUAGAUGCGCGGAUGCUUGAACUAAGCCACGGCGAGAUUGGCUGGGACUGCUUCACAUUGGAAUACAAGAUUGAUGCCCCGGUUGAUGUGGUCAUCACUCCCUGGGGAUCGACCCAAUACCUGAAAGUGUUCAAUUUCUUGUGGCGCGUGAAACGCGUCGAAUUUGCAUUGAGCAGCACUUGGCGCCGCUGUAUGACAGGUGCCCGAGGAGUCCUGGGAAGCGUGGACGACAAAGUUGGAUCAGACUGGAAGCGGGCGCGCUGUGUGAUUGCAGAAAUGAUCCACUUCGUCAACCAGCUCCAGUAUUACAUCCUUUUCGAGGUUAUCGAAUCCAGCUGGGACCAGCUCCAAGCGGCGGUCUCCAAACCGGGCUGCACGCUAGAUGACCUGAUCGAAGCGCACACUAUAUACCUCAACUCCAUUACACAUAAGGGCCUAUUAGGCUCAGCCUCAAGUGCCCGUUAUGGCUCAUCUACCUCCAACUCUGCCAAGCCGCCCGAAGAAAGCUUCCUCAGCCAGUUACACCAGAUCCUCAAGAUUAUGCUCGGCUACAAAGACGCCGUCGACGGCCUCUAUUCCUUCUCAGUUGCCGAGUUCACCCGUCGCCAGGAACUCAGCGCCAAAAUCGAAACUCGCACUGCCCAGGGCCGCUGGGGUGUCACAGACCACGAUCUCCUGCCCCGCCGUGCGAACAGCCGGGCCGGUGCUUCCAUGGCUUCGACGCCUGACAUCCGGCCUGCCAGUGCCGGGCCCGAUGGAAUUGACACCCCCUUCUCCCUCUCCACCCAUGAUCUCGCAGCCGACGACAACAUGCUGGCGUCGUUACGCGUGCGGCUGCGCGACCUCUGUGCCGAGUUCCGCUCCCGGCUGAAUGGUCUCCUAGGUGACCUGUCCUACCAGCCGGACCUGGACAUGCGCUUCCUCGGCGUCAUGAUGAACUUUAACGAUGUCUACGACCCUCGGCGGCGACGUACAGUGGGCUCCAGCUCGCGCGACAAGGAGAAGGAGAAGGAGCGCGCAAAGCGCAAGGCAGCAGCAGCAGCUGCUGCAUCGGCGAAUACCGGCUCAGGCACGGAGUCGAGCAUGUCGCGCGAAAUGCGUCGCGAGCGCAGUGCGGCUGGCAUCGAGCAGGUACAGGCUAACACGUCCGCAACGUAG